UGGAACUGCGCUGGUCCUCUGCAAGCGAAGCAAGGUCUCUCCAAUUGCUGGGCACAUGUACAAGGAGAGGGUUCCUUGGUGCAGCGGCAGCGAAGAGGUCGCUGAGAUGGAGAAGUGAUGCAGACUUCAUUGCAGAAAUCGGAAUUGCCUGUUAUUAUCUGCGCACUUGCAACCGCCACCCACGCGCUGCCAACAUGUCUUGUCCACGUCUUGCGCUUCUGUGAUAUCAAGACGAGCUUGGAUGCUUCGUCCUCUCCUCACCCACAUCUGUGACAGCGUGCACAGGAAUAUCCGGCCUCGCCCGAAACUGAUCGCAGCCCCAUUAAUGACAUCCACACUCCACGGUGCGCCACCUCCGCCGCUUGGCGCGCUCGCCCCGACGACCGGGACCGGGAACGGUGCCGCUGGCCGCAGUGUGCCUCCGCCAGCGAUCAUUUCCCGCGCCCUGCGACCAGGUAUCUAUGCACCCGUGCCCACCUUCUUCACUGCCAACGAGGAGCUAGAUCUCGUCAGCUUCAGCAAGCACGUCGUCCGUCUUGCGCAGGCUGGCGUCUUCCCCGUCAUUAGCGGCUCGACGGGCGAAGCACCGCACCUGACUCCGCCAGAACGCACGGCGCUCAUCAAGGCCGCUCGUUCGGCGUUCGCUUCGAACAGGCUCGACGGCGUGCCGAUCAUCGCAGGUGCCAACGGCAGCUCCCUCAAGCACUCCAUCGAACUCGCGUACGACGCUGCCAGCGCAGGCGCCGAUGCCGUCAUCGUCAUCCCCUCCGGUUACUUUGCUGGCGUAACCAACACAUCAGACGGCAAGGCGGCCCUGCGCGAGUUCUACAUCGAGCUGGCAAACCACAGCCCCAUUCCGAUCUUGAUAUACAACUACCCUGGCGCCAGUGGCGGCAUCAACAUGGACAGCGACUUUUUGAUCGACCUUGCCAAGAGCGCGCCCAAUACUUGCGGCCUCAAGCUGACCUGCAACGAGAUUGGCAAGCUGCUCCGCAUUUGCUCCGUCACUGCCGUGCCGGAAUUCGCGACGUCGUACCCGCGGAAAUUCCCGUACAUUCCUUUCCUCGUCUUCACUGGAUACUCUGACACACUCUACCCCGCGCUGAUCGCCCGCGGUGCAGGGGCGAUCACAGGUCUCGCAAACUUGGUCCCGCACACGGUACGGCGCCUCUUCGACAUUGCCGUCACCUCAAUCAACGCCGGCUCCACAAAUCACAUGAUUGAGGCCCAAGCGCUACAAUCGACCGUCGCGCAAGCAGACUUCAACCUCUCCACCCACGGCAUCGCAGGCAUCAAAUGGGCCCUCUCGCGCUACGGUGCCGAUUUGGGGUACGACUAUACUGGCGGGCUCCCGCGUAAGCCGCUGCCGCCCUUGUCGGCCGGCGUCGACUUGCAGCUAGAACGACAACUGCACGAGAUCAUCGUGCGCGAGAAGGCACUCUUGCGCGAGCGCGAGCAAAUUGGUGCCACUGCUGGCGUCGGCGCGUCAGCCGGUCCUAACCGCUCAACUACCUCUCUUCGCUAAACAGCACAAGCCCCAAUGUAGGUGAGCCGGUCGGUGAUAUGCAACAUUGUUUCCCUUUACAUUCUUAUAAUUGAAACAGCAAAAGCAACAGCGAUAACAAUGCGAGCGGGCGGGCGGUGUGCAAUACAAUUUGAAUUAAAUUAUCUGAUGAACCCAUGUGUUGAAGGUUGACGCGUGCGGAUUGAUGCAAGACCCCGGAAGAGGCGACUUGCACGAACUGCAAGAAAGAAGGUAUUGCGGGCGUCCAAGUAUCGGGUCCAAGUUGUGGUGCUUUUGAUGAUGUAUCCAGAUUCCAGCUUGACGCUUUCCCUUGAAUAAGACUGAG